CCAUGUUUGACGAGCACACUCCUCUAAGGGGCGACUCUGGCUGCGUGCGCAUAUGACUUGUUCGCUAGCUCCUGCAUGACUAAACACUGUUGGGGGGUUUGAGGUCGAUCUCAUGGUUCGGCGAGGAGUCAGUGAAGUGGAUUUGAUUGAAGCUCCCUCGUUCCCACAUCUUCGGUUCACUACUGCACUGAACAAUAUCUGCAAUGACAGUUGACGUCCUCUUCAUCGGAGCCGCGGGGCAUAUCGGAGCUGCCGUCCUGCAGGCGCUCAAGACAAAAUUCCCUGAGCUACCAGUGGCCGCCAUCGUCCGGUCGCAUAAAGACGCCCAGCACCUAAGUGAUGCAUACAAUGAGAACCUCACCGUCAUCCAGGGUUCGCUCGAGGAAUGCGAACUUCUCGAGGCAGCGGCAUCCAAGGCUCGUCUCAUCAUCAACUGCGCCCCUGAUGUGCCCUACGCGGAGGGGAUCGCCGCCCUGCUGCGCGGCCUCGCCUCCCACUCCAGUCGCGCCGCACCGAGAUUCUACAUCCACACCUCGGGCGCCGCCCGCCUGUGGGACCCUCCGAACGGCGACGUCGAAGGCCGAGUCUGGGACGACGUAGCCGACGUGGAUUCCCUCCCCGCCUCAGCGGACGCAACGCACGCCCCGACCGACAUGCAGGUCGCCGCCGCCGCCAGUCCCAGCGCCGGUGUGCACACGGCCAUCAUCUCGCCCUGUUUUGUCAUCGGACGCUCGCCCAGCCGCGCCCACGCAGCGCCCAUCACCUUCCCCCACUGGAUGGACGUCGUGCGCGCCGUGGGGGGCCCGUUCACCGUGGCGAGCGGACGGAACGUGACUUCGUUCGUUGACACGGAGGUGUUGGCGGGGCUGUAUGUGCGUCUGGUUGAGGACGCGCUGCGGUAUGUUGUGGGUGGUGUGGAUGCGGUGCCCGACGAAAACGUCUGGGGUGCGAGGGCGUAUUACUUCGCGUCGACCCUGGAGCUGUCGAUGAGGGAGUUCAAUGAUCGGUAUCUGGUCCCGGCGUUGAAGAGGUCGGCGGCGGCGGCGUGGUUGAAGAAGGAGGAAGCGACGGAGCUGUCGGUCGAUGAGGUGUGCAAGAUUGUCAUGGGGAGGUUCGGUGAUGCUGCGGAGGCCGGCCUCUGGAGUCGGCAUAUUGCGCAGGGUUUCGGAACAAGCAUGCGAACUAGGCCGACGAGAGCCACCAAGUACCUUGGAUUCCCUUUCGGGGAGGGCUUGCCGGGGCUGGACGCUGCUGUGGCGGCGAUGCUUCGAAAGAUCUGAUCGUAGGUACGACCCCAUGUGUUCUUCGUUAAUAAAGCUCCUCACCACAGGUGAUACAUCUCUCCCUUUUCUCCCUGCUCGUAGCGCCGGGAGCAGUCAAUUUUGAUUCCUGUCCCCUUACUCUGAGUGCUUUAGCGGAGUCGUCAACCUUCCCCUGUACAGCCAUGCGAGCGUUCGAUAUUACCGUCCAUGGACAAGGAAGCCCCAGCUGGCAAGCGCUGCCGUCAAAUGU